AUGGCGCCUGUGAGGGACCCGAAUACCCUGUCCAACUACCACGAGUGGCGGACCAAACACACCAUCGCCAACUUCACCGUGGACUUUGCCAAACAAUGCUUGCGUGGUUCUGUUAUCCUCGAGCUUGAGUCCCAGACAGACAAGGCCAGCAAGGAGAUCAUCCUGGAUUCCAGCUACCUUGAUCUGGCUGGCAUCAAACUUGGCUCGACACCUGCGCAGUGGGAGGUCAAGGAGCGUGCCGGGCCCAAUGGUUCACCUGUGCACAUCUCGGUACCGGAAGGUGCUGACAAGGGGGAGACGGUGACGCUUGAGAUUGAUGUCGCCACGACAGACAAAUGUACGGCGCUGCAAUGGCUCACACCGGCUCAGACCAGCAACAAAAAGGCACCCUUCAUGUUCAGCCAGUGUCAGGCUAUACAUGCCCGCUCCAUCUUCCCUUGCCAGGAUACUCCUGAUGUGAAGAGCACCUAUGAGUUCAAUAUUCGCAGCCCCCAUGUUGUCGUGGCCAGCGGUGUUCCAGUGCCAGAGGCCACUAAGGAUGUUGACGGGGAGAAGGUGUACAAGUUCGUUCAGAAGGUUCCAAUCCCGUCUUACCUGUUCGCCCUGGCAUCAGGUGAUAUUGCUAUGGCGCCCAUUGGCAAGCGUUCGGUGGUUGCUACCGGCCCGAAUGAGCUGGAAGCGUCUCAGUGGGAGCUCGAGGAAGAUAUGGACAAGUUCCUGGAUGCUGCUGAGCGCAUUGUCUUCCCCUAUCAAUGGGGUGAGUACAAUGUCCUUAUCCUUCCGCCGAGUUUCCCGUAUGGGGGCAUGGAGAACCCAAUCUUCACGUUUGCGACGCCUACCAUCAUUAGUGGUGAUAGGCAAAACAUCGAUGUCAUCGCCCACGAGUUGGCCCACAGCUGGAGCGGCAACUUGGUGACGAGUUGCAGCUGGGAACAUUUUUGGCUGAACGAGGGUUGGACAAUGUACUUGGAGAGACGGAUUCUUGCUGCCAUCCACAAAAACGAUGCCUACUUCGACUUUUCCGCCAUAAUUGGCUGGAAGCAUCUUGAGGAGGCGAUUGAGGAAUUUGGUAAGGACCAUGAGUUUACGAAGCUCUGCAUUAGCCAUAAGGGGAUCGAUCCGGAUGAUGCAUUCAGCACGGUUCCUUACGAGAAGGGCUUUCACUUCAUCUAUUAUCUUGACAGGCUCGUUGGAAGGGAGAACUUUGACAAAUUCAUCCCUUAUUACUUCAAGAAGUGGUCCAACAAGUCUCUGGACUCAUACGACUUCCGGGACACCUUCCUGGAGUUCUUCAGUGCUCCCGAGUAUGCGGAUCUGAAGGACAAGAUCUCAGGGAUUGACUGGGAAGGACGCUUCUACAAUACUGGGCUCCCACCCAAGCCCGAGUUCAACACAUCACUUGUAGAUGUGUGCUUCGAACUGGCGAACAAGUGGAAGCGGCGAGACUUUGAGCCCAGCCCUUCCGACACAGCAUCUUUCACUAGCAACCAAGUCCUGGUGUUCUUGAACGCUAUCCAGAAUUUCGAGGAGCCUCUGACGGUCGAGCAAUCGCAAAUUCUGGGCAAAGUCUACGGGUUGACAGAGUCCAAGAAUGUCGAACUGAAGACCGCCUACUUCCAGAUCGCCAUGCGAGCCAAGGAUACCAGCGCCUACCCUGCAGUUGCCGAGCUUCUGGGCAAAGUUGGACGUAUGAAGUUUGUUCGGCCGCUCUAUCGGAGUCUGAGCAAGGUUGACUAUGACCUUGCGGCAAAGACGUUCGAGAAGAACCGCGACUUCUAUCAUCCGAUCUGUCGCCAGCUUGUGGAGAAAGACCUGGGGCUUGCUGAAAAGAAAUUGUGA